AUGUCCGCCGAGAAAGAAGCAGCAGAGGCCGCCACCGUGGUGGUGGCAGCCGAGGCAGGGGCCGGGGAAGACACCUCUUCGCAGCCCCCGAAAGCCGAGGAAGCAGGCUCCCCUGAGCCGCCCGUAGCUCCGGAGGGAGCUGCCGCCACCUCGCCGCCACCACUACGCUUCCUGGUGCUCACCGGCUUCGGUGGCUAUGACAAGGUGAAACUGCAGAGCCGGCCCGCCGCACCCCCGGCCCCCGGUCCCGGCCAGGUGACACUGCGUGUCCGGGCCUGCGGGCUCAACUUCGCUGACCUCAUGGCCCGGCAGGGACUGUACGACCGGCUGCCGCCGCUGCCCGUCACCCCAGGCAUGGAGGGCGCGGGCGUCGUGACUGCCGUGGGUGAGGGAGUCACCGACCGCAAGGAAGGGGACCGGGUGAUGGUGCUGAUCCGAUCAGGGAUGUGGCAGGAGGAGGUGACUGUGCCCUCAGCCCAGACCUACCUGAUGCCUGAGGCCAUGACCUUUGAGGAAGCAGCAGCCUUGCUGGUCAAUUAUAUCACAGCCUACAUGGUUCUCUUUGACUUCGGCAACCUGAGGCCAGGCCACAGUGUCUUAGUACACAUGGCUGCAGGGGGCGUGGGGAUCGCAGCCCUGCAGCUGUGCCGCACAGUGGAGAACGUGACCGUGUUUGGAACGGCCUCUGCCAGCAAGCACGAGGUACUGAAGGAGAAUGGAGUCACACACCCCAUCGACUACCACACAAGUGACUAUGUGAAUGAGAUCAAGAAGAUCUCCCCUAAAGGAGUAGACAUCGUCAUGGACCCUCUGGGCGGGUCAGACACUGCCAAGGCCUACAACCUGCUCAAGCCCAUGGGCAGGGUCGUCACGUAUGGAAUGGCCAACGUGCUGACAGGCCCCAAGAGGAACCUGGUGGCCAUGGCCCGCACCUGGUGGAAUCAGUUCAGUGUGACGGCGCUGCAGCUGCUGCAGGCCAACCGGGCCGUUUGCGGCUUCCACCUGGGUUACCUGGAGGGCGAGGUGAAGCUGGUCAGUAAUGUGGUGGCCCGCCUGCUGGCUCUGUACAAUCAGGGCCGCAUCAAGCCCCACAUUGACUCCGUCUGGCCCUUCGAGAAGGUGGCUGAUGCCAUGAAGCAGAUGCAAGAGAAAAGGAAUAUAGGCAAGGUCCUUCUGGUGCCUGGGCCAGAGAAGGAGAACUAG